UUUUGUGAGGCAGAGAGCUCAGCACGCAGGCUCUCGACAAGCAAGCAAACAAUUUGCUUUGGUUUAUCUAAACACUUGGGAACACUGGCAGUGCUUCAAUGGCUCUUCCUCAGCUCAUUCCUUCCUCUUCCUCUUCGUCUCUAUCCCAUAAUCCAAUUUUAAAUCCCAACACAAUUUCUUCUACCUUAACCCUUAGCCCUAGAUUCUUCUCUUCUGCUGCCGCCUUUCGCCACCGCUGCCACAAGCCCAAUACGCUCAAGUGUUCUGCUUCAUCUUUCCCGGAAAAACAUCACACCGGCUCUCCCAAAUCCGGCGAUGUCGUUGAGCUUCCGCUAUUUCCCCUUUCUCUCGUUCUCUUCCCCGGCGCUAUUCUUCCUCUGCAGAUCUUCGAGUUUCGCUACCGGAUGAUGAUGCACACUCUGCUUCAGACUGAUCUUCGCUUUGGAGUAAUUUACACCGAUGCAGUUUCUGGUACAACGGAUGUUGGAUGCGUUGGUGAGGUCGUCAAACACGAGCGACUCGUUGACGACCGAUUCUUCCUUAUCUGUAAGGGCCAAGAGCGGUUUCGAGUCACCAAUCUUGUUCGGACGAAACCUUAUCUCGUCGCCGAAGUUACAUGGCUCGAGGACCGGCCGUCCGACCGUGGAGAAGAGGAUUUGGAUGCGUUGGCGAACGAGGUAGAGUCAUACAUGAAGGACGUGAUUCGAUUGUCGAACCGGUUGAGUGGUAAGCCGGAGAAAGAGGUUCAGGAUUUGAGAAGGAAUUUAUUCCCAACUCCUUUCUCGUUCUUCGUCGGAAGCACGUUUGAAGGUGCGCCUAGAGAGCAGCAGGCGCUGCUCGAAUUGGAGGAUACGGCGGCGAGGCUGAAACGGGAGAAAGAGACAUUGAAAAACACUCUUAAUUACUUGACCGCCGCUUCUGCUGUUAAAGAUGUGUUCCCGUCUAACAGUUAGAAUGCAAGUCUGAGAACUAUCUAUGGAGAUUGGAGAGUGAUUAAGCUAGAUUGUUGAAGCACAAGGAAGCAAAUUGGAGGUAAUGCUUAAUUUUUGCUUGCCUUUACCCGUAUUUUAUACGAGGGACGGAUGAUAUUAAAGCUGUAAAUUUUGAUAUAUAAUUGAAUUCGCUUCAUCUGGUA